AUGCCUUUGACCAACAGAAAUCACAGUGUACCUGCAAUUGUGCAAGUCAUGGUUGCCUUGAGAUACUAUGCUACAGGUAAGAUGCAGCUAUGUAGUGGUGACAACUUUGGUCUUCACCAGUCAACGGUUUCAAGAAUAAUUCAAAGAGUUACUACCGCUCUUGUUCAACCAAUAAUUGUCAAGCGAUUCGUUUCCUUUCCAAUGGACCCAGGAACUAUUCGAAAGCACCAGGUUGACUUUUUUGCCAUUGCUGGUUUCCCAGGCGUGGUUGGGGCGAUUGAUGGAACUCAUGUGCGAAUUAUAGCUCCCAGUGAACACGAAGUGGAGUAUGUCAACCGGAAAAACUUUCACAGUAUAAAUGUACAGAUUGUAUGUGAUACCUGUUAUAAGAUUUUAGACAUCGUAGCAAGCUGGCCGGGAGCGACUCACGAUGCCAGAAUACUGAGGGAGAGUGGUCUAUUUCAGCACUUUCAACGACGUUUAUUGCCCGUGAAAUGCCAUCUUCUCGGUGAUAGCGGUUAUCCUGGGAAAGACUGGCUGCUGACACCUUUUUUUAAAUCCACAAGCUGGUCCACAGUCACGGUACAACAGCAUCCUCAACGUGCCAGCAAUGUCAUCAUAGCAUGCGGAGUUUUACAUAACAUCGCAAAAAUGUUCAAUCUGCCCCUCCCUGACGAUGAUGACAACGCAGAUGCUUACAAUGACAAUGGAAAUGCCAAUGACCACAUAGUUGCAGAUAUCCAGGGUACAGAUGGUCGAGCUUACAGAAACCACAUUGUUUCUGCUCAUUUUAUGUAA